UCCUUUUAGCCUUCUUAAAUAUACGGAGAGUAGCACUUUGAUUAAACCAAAGUAGCCAAUGCUAAAUCUAAGUUUGCGCCACGGCUAGUGGAGAAUACAAAAGUUAGGGGGAAAUAAAGAAACUGGGAAAGUUAGCCGGUGGGCUGGCAGAGGAGGUGGAUGAGAAGGUGUUGCAUGCGGCUUUUAUUCCUUUUGGAGACAUCACAGACAUCCAGAUCCCCUUAGACUAUGAAACAGAAAAGCACAGAGGGUUUGCCUUCAUUGAGUUUGAGCUGGCAGAGGAUGCUGCUGCUGCUAUUGAUAACAUGAAUGAGUCGGAGCUUUUUGGGCGAACUAUUCGUGUCAACAUUGCCAAACCCAUGAGAAUCAAAGAGGGCUCUUCUCGACCAGUAUGGUCGGAUGACGACUGGCUGAAGAAGUUCUCAGGGAAGACCGCAGAGGAGAGUGAGGCGAUGGAGACGGCUGGAGAAACACCCAACACAGCAGCACAGGAGGCCGAGCCCCCUGCCAAGAAGGGCCGAGUUAACCCCCAGGUCUACAUGGAUAUCAAGAUCGGCAACAAGCCAGCUGGGCGGCUACGCUUCCUCCUGCGGGCAGACAUCGUUCCCAUGACAGCAGAGAACUUUCGCUGCUUGUGUACACACGAAAAAGGCUUUGGCUUCAAGGGCAGCAGCUUCCACCGCAUCAUCCCUCAGUUCAUGUGCCAGGGAGGUGACUUCACCAACCACAACGGCACCGGUGGCAAGUCGAUCUACGGCCGCAAGUUUGACGACGAGAACUUUGUGCUCAAACACACGGCUGCAGGGCAGCUGUCCAUGGCCAACUCCGGGCCAAACACUAAUGGCUCUCAGUUCUUCAUCACAACUGACAAAACAGACUGGCUGGACGGCAAACAUGUGGUGUUUGGAGAGCUGAUAGAAGGGAUGGAUGUUGUCCGUGCUAUGGAGGCUCAGGGAACAAAAGACGGCAAGCCGAAACAGAAAGUGAUCAUCUCAGACUGUGGAGAAUAUGUGUGAAUGGAAAAUCAAGUGUGUCUCUGUGUGUGCGUGCUUGUGUGUGUUUUUGUAUACAUUGUAUGUCUGUGAGAAUGAUGAUUAUCACAUCAUGGUCUUUUCUAAUUCAAGCCUCUGCCAUGUAAAUAUUUCAAUAAAUACUUUUAUACAGAACAA